GAGUGAGUAUCCCCACGACCCAAUCACUGCUCAACUACGUGCUGCUGGCCGCUGUGUAUGGCGCCGUGCUUCUGCAUCGCAAGGCACCCCUCACUGUGCCGUGGCGUGUGCUCCUGCUCGCGUCCUUUCUCGAUGUUGAAGGGAAUUACUUUGUCGUUCUCGCCUUCCGUUUCACCUCAUUGACACGAGUCACCCUCCUCGACUGCUGGGCCAUCCCAGCAGCCAUGCUGCUAGCAGCGCUCUGCCUCUCCACGCGCUACCAUGCCUCGCAUGUUAUCGGCACGCUGCUCUGCACGGCCGGCCUCGCCAUGCUGCUGCUCUCCGACGCCGGUCCCUCCAAGCACGGAGGCAGCACAGCCACUGGCAGCAGCAGCAACGCGACUCUGGGGAAUGUGCUUGUGCUUCUCGGUGCUACUCUAUAUGCUGCUUCCAAUGUCACUGUGGAGUACCUCGCUCAUCGAGUGGAGACAACAGAGCUGCUGGCCUUCAUUGGUUGCGCUGGAUCCCUCAUUAGCUUCACACAGCUUCUUUUCCUGGAAGGAGCAGACCUGCACUCCCUCCGCUUCGAUGCCCACACUGUCCUCCCUAUGGUUCUCUUCUCGGUCGCCCUCUUCGCCUUCUACUCCCUCACUCCCCUCAUGCUCCGUCUGGGCGGCGCCGCUCUCUUCAACCUCUCCCUCCUCACAUCAGACCUCUGGGCGGCGGGAGUGGCAGCUCUUGUCUUUAACCAGCCUCGGCAAUAG